AUGCCGCCUCCGGACACUUUCUACUGUGCCCAGCAAAUCGACAUUCCUCCUAAGCUGCCAGACAUCCUCAAAACCUUCACCAAGGCAGCCAUCCGAACACAACCCAAGGACUUGCUGGUGUGGAGUGCAGCGUAUUUCAAUGCACUGGCUAAAGGAGAGUGUCUCCCUGUCAAGGAGAGGCUGGAGAUGAAUGUUGCCACAAAGACCGGCACUGAACUGACUCCAGGUCUGCUGAAGAUCCUCCACCAGCAGCUUUCCCCAAUACAACCUUGCAGCAGGGAGGAGCUGCAGACAAAGUGGAGGGGUCUGUGUCUUCCUGUGGAGCAGCUGGAGAGCCUGCUGUCGUUGGGCAGCUUUAGCACAGAAAUCGACUGGAUGGAGUUUUUUGCCCUGGGCUGUGGUGCUUUGGGAACGACCCUUUUGAGUUCUCUGAAGUUCGCCUGUGAGAUCCUGACAAACGAUGAGGAAGGUGGUCCUGCCCGGAUCCCGUUUGAUACCUUUGCUAAACUUUACACCUACUUGGCUCACAUAGAUGGGGACAUGCGACAAGACUACAUUGACAACUUCCUCAGCAAUCUGCAACAUCAAGCCAACAAGCAGAACGGCAUGAUUCAGGUGUCCAACUUCUACAUCAUCAGGAAGACUAGGAAGGAGUGA